CAAAACCCACCCAGAAAGAGUGUUCAUCAACUUUCCUACCAAUCUGAUUCGAAAUCAUGACAACAUCAGAAAACGAACUACUAGCAGCCGAAGUAGAAUUCCAAUCAGAACAACCCAUCUCACCAAACCAAGAUGAAGAACAAAAAAUGAAGAUUUCAAAAGAACCCAAUCAUUCGAUUUCUGAAAUCAUUCAAGACGAUCAACCAAGAAAAAAAUUAAAACUUACUGAAGCAGAUAAGAAAAGAAAUGUUAGAAUGUUUGGUGCUUUAAUGGGUACACUAAGUAAAUUCCAAGACGAAACGUCCAAAACUCGACAAACCGAAGCAGCACAACGUCGAGCAGCCGUAGAGAAUAGGUUACAAGCUAAACUAAAAAUCGAAUCUGAAGCUUUACAUCAACUAAGGACAUAUGAACUUGAAGAAAAGAACCUGAAGAGUUCAGUGAUCAGGAAAACCGAAGAACUAGCCCAACUUUCGGAAUGCAAUCUUAUUCAUUUUUCAAAUCAAUUAGCUUUUUCAAAUUAUCUUUGUACAUCUUCUACUAAUGUUUUAGAAACUGACAAUCUCGAACCUCCUGUUACUUCACAUCCUUUGAAUCAUCAUCCCAUAAGACCGAUUUACUGGUUACCCAACAAGUUACUUCCAGAACAAGAAGAACGUAUAGAUCGUCAACGUAGGGAAACUCGUGAGGUGGUUGAAGAUCAACAAAGGAUUUGGUUAGAAGAAAAAUCCAACAAACAAAAUGAAUUAGAACAAUUAUGUAUUGCACGUGAUACAAGAUUAGCCGAGAUUGAAGCCGAAAAACUUAAAUCUAAACAAGAAGCAUCAUCUUCUACCAUGAUGAACAGUACGACUGAAGUUCAACCGAUCAUUGAAGAUCCCAUCAAUCCAUCGGUUCGAGAUUUAUCUGAUAUUCAAAUGAGAGAUGAAACUGAAGGUAGACAAGAUACGCCUGAUCUUUCGAAUCUUACUGGAAGGGAUGAAGAUGCUGUUGAAUAUUGAAAUCAUAAUUAUGUGUUGAAUUUGGUGAAUCCGAUUCGGUCAAUUCUCACUUAAUGCUUACUUCACUGAUGUUUCACAGGUCAAAACAAGGCUCAAAGAACACACGUUUCUAUCCUCAUGUUUCGGUUCUAAUGACUUUUCUUUAUUAUUAAUGAUCCCAAUAUCAAACUAAUGUAUUUACCAGACAAGUAAAGUAAUCUUUGCUUAAAACCAGGGUCUGUAGAUCUAAUUGUUAUAACAAAAGCGUUAUGAACAUCAUUAGAUUUAAUGCUUUUGCAGUUGUUAUACAGAGGUUUAAUGGAUAAUGAUCGAGUGG